CUCUGUCAUUCUGGCCAACUACUGCGUGUUGCUGAUUGAAACAAGGACCAGGCAGAACAGGCAUCCCCAGAAUAUUGGCCCUCUCUAGAUCCUUCUGUAAAGCGUUUCUGGGAGCUCUGGUGUGCCCGCUCCCCACAUAGCCAUGGCUCUCUCUUCAACGCCUUCUCCUUCUAUUUGCCUUCCUCUGAAGAAGUGUACCCCUUCUGGCAACGGACCGUCUUCCGUUUCGUACUUGUCCUCAAGUUUUGGCCGCCAGAGAAGACCAAUUUCCGUCCGGGCGACCUCUGCUCCGUCUGCAGUUGCUUCUGAAAGCUUUAAACCAGCCAUCUCCUUGACUGAUAAUGCACUAAAACAUUUGAAUAAGAUGCGAUCUGAGCGCAAAGCAGACCUUUGUCUGAGGAUUGGGGUGAAACAAGGUGGAUGUUCUGGUAUGUCCUACUUGAUGGACUUUGAGGACCAAGCCAAUAUGAGGCCAGAUGAUUCAGUCAUUGAAUAUGACGGUUUCGUGAUUGUUUGUGACCCCAAGAGCCUCCUCUUCAUUUAUGGCAUGCAAUUGGAUUUCAGUGAUGCGCUCAUUGGUGGUGGCUUUUCCUUCAAGAACCCAAAUGCUACACAAACUUGCGGAUGCGGGAAAUCUUUCGCAGCUUAAGUGUAGAUCAUGUAACAGAUAAAUGAACGCUUUUGUACGACCUUGUCACCACAUAUGUAAAAUAAAAUAGCAAAUACCAGAUUUACUAAUCCUCCAUCUCUGUUUUCAGUUUU